GUUACUUAUGUUAUACACCAGUAUCAGAUAAUUGUGGCACGAGAGGGAAAGAGAAGAGCAGCUUAGAGAAACAGUCCUUAAAAUUUAGAUGAGGUCUCUUACCUUUCAGAAGGAGCGUGUGUGUGUUUGUGGGGAGGUUGUGGAAUAGGUGAACAGUUACGCAGCAGUGUGAAGAUUCAGCCUUUGUUGAGUGAAAGGUAGUGGCAACUGAAGAUGUCAGAUAAUGGUGAAGUGGAAGACAAGCCUCCAGCUCCGCCCAUGAGGAACACCAGCACCAUGAUUGGUGGGGGCAGCAAAGACCCUGGGAACCUAAACCAUGGCUCCAAACCACUUCCCUUGGCUCCUGAAGAAAAGAAAAGGAAAGACAGGCUCCGGUUCUUCCCUGGAGCAGGAGACAAAACCAACAGGAAAAAAGAACGGGAACGACCAGAAAUCUCACUGCCCUCUGAUUUUGAGCACACAAUACAUGUUGGAUUCGAUGCUGUCACAGGGGAGUUCACAGGCAUGCCAGAGCAAUGGGCUCGGUUACUACAGACAUCAAAUAUCACCAAAUUAGAGCAGAAAAAGAAUCCACAAGCAGUGUUGGAUGUUUUGAAAUUCUACGAUUCAAAAGAAACUUCAAAUAGUCAAAAAUAUAUGAGCUUCACAGAUAAAACAACAGAUGGGUAUGCUUCUUCAAAUGCACUGAGUACUAAGAAUGUGUCAGAAUCUCCAGCUGUGCCUCCAGUUUCGGAAGACGAUGAUGAAGAUGAAAGUGUUCCACCGCCUGCAAUUGCACCACGACCAGAACACACCAAAUCGAUGUAUACACGGUCUGUGAUAGACCCUAUCCCUCUUCCACCCACCAAAGAUGCAGCCACGUCUCCCAUCUCCUCGCCCUCUGAGAAUAACACCACCCCUUCGAACACCUUAACGAGGAAUGCAGAGAAACAAAAGAAAAAGACCAAAAUGACAGAUGAAGAGAUAUUGGAAAAAUUGAGGAGUAUCGUAACAGUGGGUGAUCCGAAAAAGAAGUACUCCAGAUUUGAGAAAAUUGGACAGGGAGCUUCGGGCACAGUAUACACGGCAAUUGAUAUAGCCACAGGGCAAGAGGUUGCUAUCAAACAGAUGAAUUUACAACAACAACCCAAGAAAGAGUUGAUUAUUAAUGAGAUUCUGGUCAUGAGGGAAAAUAAAAAUCCAAAUAUUGUUAAUUAUUUAGACAGUUACCUCGUAGGAGAUGAAUUAUGGGUGGUGAUGGAGUACCUGGCAGGCGGUUCACUAACUGAUGUCGUCACGGAAACCUGUAUGGAUGAAGGACAGAUAGCGGCUGUCUGUAGAGAGUGUCUACAAGCUCUGGAGUUCCUACAUUCAAACCAGGUCAUCCACAGGGAUAUAAAGAGUGACAAUAUCCUACUGGGAAUGGAUGGCUCUGUCAAGCUAACCGACUUUGGCUUCUGUGCUCAGAUUACGCCAGAGCAGAGUAAACGGAGCACGAUGGUGGGGACGCCAUACUGGAUGGCCCCUGAAGUGGUCACAAGAAAAGCAUAUGGCCCCAAAGUAGACAUUUGGUCACUGGGAAUCAUGGCAAUUGAAAUGAUUGAGGGAGAGCCUCCGUACCUGAAUGAGAACCCCCUCCGGGCAUUGUAUCUGAUAGCAACAAAUGGCACGCCAGAGCUACAGAAUCCUGAAAGGCUAUCUCCUGUAUUCAGGGAUUUCCUGAACCGUUGCUUGGAAAUGGAUGUCGAGAAGAGGGGUUCAUCCAAGGAGUUGCUUCAGCACCAGUUCCUGAAGCUAGCGAAGCCACUGUCCAGCCUGACCCCACUGAUCAUCGCUGCAAAGGAUGCAGCCAAGAACAAUCGUUAGCACCAUGUGGGAUCAAGCAGAGACCCCCUUGUCCAUCUCGAUUUGCGUAUCAGAGCGGCCCGCUCUCCACGACUGAACCAUUCCUGAACCCUUCAAUGCAACCAUUCCUGACCCAGAGCUCCUCCACUUCAACCCUUUCAUCGCCAAAUUCCAGGAAAGGGGGUGGGAGGUGGGUGGGUUGGGUGAGAAUUGAGGGGAGGGGGAGAGAGAGCGAGCACUGUCAGGUUGUAUCUCUGCCAUGCACUCCAGUGCAUCAGUUAACACAUGGGUGAAAUUCCUCUCUUGUCUGAAAUGGAUGUAAUGAUCUCUCUGAAGUACUGGAUAAUAGUGCAUUGCACCUUUCAGAUUGUAGUGUUGGAUGAUUGAGUGGGGUGCUGGUUGUGAUAGAGAGCGGAGCCUGUGAAUUAUUCCAUCUGAACAAUAAACUGUUGAUUUUGUACCCAACAAAUGAGGUACUAGCUGCUGGGUAUUGUUUUUGUACAUUUCUGAAGCAUGGUUUCUCGACAUGUCGACAACGAAAUGCUUUUGAUCUUCUUUUUGUUUCUUCGUCACGUCAGUCAAUAAGUUUUGCUUCUCUCCCUCUCUUUCACUUUGAGUUAUCAAUCAGCUCGUUGGCUUUGGUUCAAGGCUAUUCCUAAAUCACUGAGAAUGUACAACAGGCUGUUUAUUAAUUAUGUACAUGGAGUAGUGAUUGAGACUGUAGUUUUAAUGCACUCGGUGCAGUCUGACAUGUAGUUUCUUUCUCUUUUGUGUGUGCCUCUCCCUCCCUUCCCCAUUAAAUAUUUGUUUGUACCAGUCUUCUGAACACUACGACCCCAAAAAGUGGUGCCAUACAUCUGCCUUGAGUGACUUUCAUGCUGCUAAAUUUUGAAAAUGUCUAUAGUGUACAAAACUAUGGAAUUUUAAUUCCUGGGGGAUAAAGAAAUAAAAGGGUGUGUUAUAAUAA